AUGGGCGUGGGCGAAUACAUCCAUGCAAAACAAGGUGAUCAUCAGGAUCAUCAGCGAGGCAACUCCGAGCAACUCUACAAUCUCCACCAUCAACCAGACAAAACCCGACCUGGCAACGGUCUCCCGUAUUCACGGUUCUCAAGACCCGCUUCAUACUUGCACAACAAUGACUAUGACUAUGGCUAUCAACAAGACAGCCAAGAAAGCGCAAAUGCCAAUUACAAAAGCGUCUUCGAUACCGACGUCGAAGGCGUUGAUGAUUCCACCAUAACGGUGACUAGUGCCGCCGAAAACGAGAGCGUGGCGCAUGGCUUCGAGGUGCUUGAGCGCCAGCACGUCGCGGCGCUGAAUUGGAAUGAAAGCGUGCCUUCUGAAUCAGAGCAUUCGUUCCAUCCAGCCGGAGACGGGCAGGACGGGUUGAAUGGAGGAAAUCGUAGGCGCUCCCCCGUCUCGGUGGUAGGAGACGAAGAUGACGCAGACGACGAGGUUACCCAGACAUUAGACUGGGUUCGAUAUCAAGCAUCACAGCAGGCCCCCACAACAGCAACAACCGCCGCGGCCGCGACAGCUUCAAAGCGGAAUUCUCAAGGGGAAAGAGAAAGAGCAACCCACUCACGGAUUCCUCGCGCAUCGUCUCGGAUGGCGCUGAACCGGAGUGAUAGCGACCCUGUGCAACUCUCUAGUCAUGCCGCAGACGAAAUGGAAACGAAAACGGCGUAUCGUGGCGCAAAUCACAAUUAUUCGCGGAGUCUAGCCACAACGCCAAAUAAUCGGUUCAAUUUCAAGACUGAACGCCCCUAUGAACGGCUUAUCCAGCGGCAGUCUCCGACUCGUCAUGCCAGCGGUCCGCGGCCGCAGCCUGAGCGGCAGAGUUCGUCGAAAUCAACGGGUCUGUUUAAGAAAGACCUAGCGAGGAGAGAGCAGGAAAGAAAUUAUUACGAUAGUUUCAUUGACGAUAGAGUCCGGAGCACGCUCGACGCAACUGACGACGAAGCCUUCGAAGAUGAAACAGGCAGCGUGAAUAUCCAAUUCCCGUCGUCAAAGUCCCGGCAGAGAUCACCAGCACAAAACUCCUCCCAUUCAGACGCCCAUCCAAACGACAGGUUCGAAGCAGACUAUCCCAACGAAAUCCUUCAACAAAUGCAAUAUUCAGAUCUCGAAAACGAGUCAUUCGACCACAUCCCCAUCCCCCGACCCUUGACCCCAAAGACAAACCCCCCUACCACAGCAGCACACCCACAGCAAUCACCACCCUCCUCCACCCCCUCGACGGCCAGCGACAAGCUCUCGUUCGUCCUGCACUCCCUCCCCCUCCCCACCGAUCGCCAUCGCUACCUCUCGUCUCUGUCCCUGCCCGAAUGGGAAGAAUUCGGGGACGAAGUGAUCGGACGACUUGGGGAUAUGCUGAACAAGAUUAAAGAUGCUCGAAAGGCGCGUCGCAGGACGACGGCGUUGUUUGAAGCGGAGAUAAAACGAAGACAUGAUGAUGCGCAGGAUAAGCAUGCGGAAUUGGAUCAGCAGUUGUCAGAUAUGAAGCAGGGUGGGAUGGGGGUGUUGAAAGGGUUGAAACCGGGUUGA